CUGGGCAGCCCAUUCCAGUUCCUGACCACUCUUUCAGAAAAGUAGUAUAAAUCUCCGCUGGCGCAGCUUGAAGCCACAAGGAAGAGGAUCUGCUCCCCCAGCACUACACAGCCCAAGCCGAGGCCUUCCGCCCUCAAACACACAAAACCAGAGGGUUUUUUUUGACUCUGUUCCCCCUCAGGGCCUCCGCGGAACAGUUUUCCCGCCCUCUUCCUGAGGCGACCGUUAAUGACUUCCCGCCUUCCUCUGUGCAUGCGUGGGCCGAGGUGGCGGGGCCUUGUUUCCUUUCAUUGCGCAUGCGCGGAGUGAGGGCGGGCUUGGUGACACAUCCGUUUUCAUUGCGCAUGCAUAGUCUGAGGUACUGGGCUUGUUGGGACUUCCGCCUUCCACUGCGCAUGCGUGAGUUGAGGGGCUGGGCUUGUUUGGACUUCCGUCUCCUAACGCGCAUGCGUGAAAUUGGGGAGGCGUGGCGGGUGCCAUGGCAACGCGUGGCUGAAGGGUGGGAGGGUCCUGCCUCGGGGCUUGGUGUGGAGUGCUGCUUGCUAGAAAGGCUCAGCCAUGGAUAAGCAAUGCUCAAGCAGACAUCUUCUUUUUGGGCAUACUGCAGCUUUAUUAGCAUGAGGCUCUGCCUAAAUCCAACAACUAUCAA